UCAAUCAGCAACUGCCUGGCCCAUUAUCACUAUAAAAUGGCCCGUUUAAAUAAAAGGCCCAGCCUAGAAUAAAAGAAAAACCAGUAGAAGUUAAAAGAAAAAAGAAAUUCCCGCCCGAAACUCACUUUUUCAAAACCCCGCCUUCGUAGGCUACGGUUCUCCCGUCUGUUUUUUUUUUUCUAUCCCUUUCUAUCUUAAAAACAAAAAUAAAAAAUAAAAUAACCAGAAAAGGAAAUAUUUCUAUUUUCUACUAAUAAUUUUUUUUUUCCUUGGGUUUCAACUUUCAACGUACAGAACAAUCAAAUCGGAAGUCUACUGCAAAAUUGACAGAGAAAGAGAGUGAUAGGGAAAGAUGCAGAGAUUGGUCUUUAGGCCUAUCAAACUUAGGGUUUUAUUUCAUGGGAUCCCAUACUCCUGCUAAAACCUCCACCUCCCCCUCCACCUCCAUAUCCGCCGCCUCCACCGUGGUUUUAUCAGAUUCUUCUUCUGUUCAAGAAUCUCCCUUUUUAAAUUACAUAAACAAUUUAUCUCCUAUAAAGCCUGUUAAAGUUGCACAUGGAGCACAAGGAUUUGGAGCACUCAGUUCUCCCCCUCUUAUAUUCACAUCACCACGUACACUACCAGAGCGUGGAACUAGUUUCUUGCAAAGGUCACAACUCUGUCAGAUAUCCAGUGCAGAAAUGCCAGAGAAUGAUGAUAGAAGAAAGAAAUUAGUUGAUCAUUCAAAUGAUUUUGAGGAUUCAGUUGCCCAUCACAGCAGGCUGAUCACCGACACCCAGAAGGAAACUUUUGUUAAAAACUCCACCCUAGACCAACCUGGCAGUUCCUCAGGCUGUAUUGAUGAAUACUUAAAUGACCCUGUUGAUGUGGAUGGUGCAAACUGUGUGAAUUUGACCAACUCAAAGGCCUUUUGCGAGCAAGGUGACAAGUCUUCUCAAGUGCAGCCUUCUAUUGAAAUUAACCUGCGUCAAGCCGAAGAAGAAAAAUGUGGUAGCAAACAGCCAUUUAAUGAAUGCCAAAAUAUUGAGUCUGACUUGCCUGUGGACCAUGCUCUUGAGAAUAAGCAAUGUGAUGGUUUAGGGACUCAUAUUAUUCAGGCAAACGAAGACACCGAUGAGAAUGCGGCGGCCACCACUCAUAGAGCCAAUCAGAAUAUUGGACAGCGUGAUCCAGAGGCCGGUCAACUCCAACGUGGCAUGAGCAGGCGCUGCCUUCAAUUCGAAGAAGCUCGACAGAAAAUUACUUUGAACAGGAUCCAUUCUACAGAUCCAACUAACAAUGUAAAUGGAUCUGGAUCACCUGCUUCCACAACAGAAUUAGAGAACUUGGAUUCAUCUUAUAUAGAGAUAGCUGCCUAUUCUCACAAGAAAAUGAUUAACCUAUCUGAACCAACAACUUCCAUGUUUCCUCGUUUUAGUGGAAAGUCUCUAGUAGUCGUGUCCAAGCCAUCAGGUAUUGGUUUGCAUCUAAAUAGCAUUGUCACCGCUAUGCCAAUGGGUCACAGUGGCGCGGAAAGCAAUAAGUCUACCCCUAUAAUGAGCUGCCAUCAGGAUGCUGGAGACAGGCUGCUUGAAGCUCAGGAUUCCGAAGCUGCAGGUGCUGCCAGUUCUGAGUCAUUUCACACCGCAGAAUCUUUAAAUAUAUUGCAGCCACUUGUGCAUCAUGUAACUCCACUAAAAAGGAGAAAUUUCAAGCUAGAGCAUGCUGACAAUUUUGAGGAGUUUAGCCAAUUAAGCCCAACAAAAAAAAGAAGGAAGAAAUCAUUAAGCAUUGAUGGUGAUGGUUGCAAGCGUUGCAACUGUAAGAAGACUAAAUGCCUGAAACUAUACUGCGAUUGUUUUGCUGCUGGAAUCUAUUGUGCUGACCCAUGUGCUUGCCAAGACUGCUUCAAUAGACCUGAAUAUGAAGACACAGUUCUUGAGACUCGGCAACAAAUUGAAUCCCGUAACCCACUUGCUUUUGCUCCCAAAAUUGUGCAGCAUGCUAAAGAGUUUGCAGCCAGCAGAGUACUCAAUCCUCUAUUCAGUUUCUUUCCAAUCCACUUUGCAGUUAGAGAAUUUGUAAUGUUGUUGAAAUUUCACAGGAAGAUAGAAGCAGCUCGAUGCCAUCCUUAUCAAGGCACAAGAGAGGCAAAUGUUGGAUGCUCCAGUGAAUGCCGAUGUGAGGGAUGCAAAAAUGGGUAUGGCAGGAAAGAGGAAUAUGGUAUUAUUGAAGAGACAGUGAGUGAUAGAGUCGGUGAGGAAAGAUUGGAAGGCAGAGUUGAUGAUAAGCUGGCAAUAGUGGCAACCGAUGAAGACCUUUUACCUGCCGAAUUGUAUGAUCUCCACAACCUCACACCCUCAACUCCAUCAUUCCAGCAUUCAGACCACGGGAAGAGCACGCCCAAGUCCCCACUCAGUUCCAGUAGACAUGUCCCGUCACCUGAAUCCGACAUUUCCAUCUUGCCAUCUAAUGCAAAAUCUACAAGGUCUUCAAGAUAUUGUGACACGAUUCCAGAAGCAAGUAAAGAAACUGUGGACAUAGAUUCCUGUGACCAAGGAAUAGAUUAUAACGUUUCUGAAAUGAUGAGCCAAUUCUCAUCAAAAUGCAGUGCACUUGCUGAUAUAUAUGACCCUAAUCCAUUGACAAACCCCAUGACAGUGACUCUGGGUUCUUCAGCCUCGUCAAAAACAAGAGACUGGAGUAGUGGUUCACGAUUCCAAUUGUGCCCUGGAAGUGGUCGACUCCCAUCUGGUCGUUCAGUUCGCUGGUGGAAUUCACCAAUCACACCAAUGACUCGGUUAGGUGAGAACAAAAUUCAAGGGCACGAUUCUGAUAGUGGGCUUUAUAACAUCUUAGAAGAUGACACGCCAGAAAUAUUGAAGGAAGGUUCCACUCCCAGUGCAUCUGUGAAAGCAAGUUCCCCAAAUAAAAAGCGAGUCUCUCCCCCUCAGAAUCAUAUCCACGACUUUCGGUCAAGCUCUUCAGGAGGCUUAAAAAGUGGACGCAAGUUCAUAUUGAGAUCUGUGCCAUCGUUCCCACCUCUUACCCCUUGCGUUAACUCUGAAGGCAUCAGAGAAGAGAAGCAGCAGCUAUAAAUGCCACAAAAUUGAGGUUGCAAUGUUGGAUAUACUUAGGGUCCAGAAAGCAGCAAUUCAGUUUAAAGAUGAUUUGAGGGUUUAAAUUGUGCUAGGUUUGGAUAUGGGGCUGCUCUUAAUCUUCAUGGAUUACAUUAUUAGCACAAUGGUCGCCACCAUUUUUGUCGUGGCAGGUAGGUAUGUGAAUGGCCACAUGUAAGGAUUAUCGCAUGAAAUUGGAAAAGAGCUGUUGCUAAAGUAUCAUCAAUUUGCAGCCUUUUUCUUUCAGUUUUUCUUUUUUUCGUUUUCCCCAUUUUCAAUUGUUAUUUCCUUUUUGAAAAUAACAGUCAGUUUUGUUAAUGCUAGUUGAAUGAGUUUCAUCUUCAAUUAAAUUUAUUUAUAUUCUGUC